UCGACACUGAAAAAGGUUCGAAAGAUGGACAGAAAAUGCUAAUAAUUUCAGCCCGAAUUUGAAUACAUGAAUAACUCUUGUAGUUCUGUGCCGUUUCGGUGAUAGACUGCUACUUGGAUUAAAAGAUGGGAAACUUGAGUCCAUCACAAAGACCGUGUGCUUCAGGGAUUGACAAGAGAGGAUGCUGCUCUCUGCCAGGACAAGAAAUCGUGGGACACAGAACGCGUCAGUAGUUCAAGACUGGGCCUGUUCCUGGAUACUCAGAGGACGAGAAAAAAUAUGUGUAUCACCUCUACCCGUGACUUUGGGAGAUAGCAGAGCAAAACACUAAUACAUCGACAUUUGAAAUUUCUGGAGUCCAGCAGCCAAAAUACUAGAAUUAAACUAGCUCUGAAAAAAUGAACUUCCUGUCAACCUUUGUGACCUUUAAGAACCUCCAUGAGGUUCGGAGAUUGUGCCACUGGGGUCCAAUCAUAGCCUUGUCUGUCAUUGCUAUAUGCUCCACAAUGGCAAUUCUAGACUCCAUUAUCUGGUACUGGCCUCUAGACACUACAGGGGGGAGCAUUAACUUCAUCAUGCUCAUCAACUGGACUGUCCUCAUACUUUACAACUACUUCAAUGCUAUGUUUGUUGGACCUGGAUACAUUCCUCUUGGCUGGAAACCAGAAAAUCAGCAGGAUACCCAGUACCUACAGUUCUGCAGAGGGUGUCAAGGCUACAAGGCUCCCAGGUCCCACCACUGUCGAAAGUGUAACAGGUGCGUGAUGAAAAUGGACCACCACUGCCCCUGGAUCAACAACUGCUGUGGCCACUUGAAUCACGCCUACUUCACCAGCUUCCUGCUCCUGGCUCCACUGGGUUGCUCACACGCUGCCGUUAUCUUCAUUAUGACUAUGUACACACAGCUGUAUGAGAGGAUAUCAUUCGGCUGGAGUACUGUAAGGAUUGACAUGAGUGCUGUGCGUCAAUUUCAGCCCCUCAUGCCCUUCAGUGUGCCUGCCUUUGCUGCUACACUCUUUGCCUUAGGUUUGGCACUUGGCACCACUAUUGCCGUUGGUAUGCUUUUCGUUAUACAGAUGAAAGUCAUCCUUCGAAAUAAGACUUCAAUCGAGUCGUGGAUAGAGGAAAAGGCCAAAGACAGAAUACAGCACUACCAAACAGGGGAAGAGUUUAUCUUCCCGUACGACCUCGGCAGCCGCUGGCUGAAUUUUAAACAAGUCUUCACGUGGUCGGGGACACCCAGAGGCGAUGGCAUUGUAUGGCCAGUCCAUCCCAAGUGUCACCAGCACACCUUAACUAUUGAGCAACUGAAACAGAAAGCUGAUAAACGAGUGAGAAGUCAGGUCCAGUACCGGGCAGUAGAGGAUUAUAAUGGAGCUUGCUGCCCUCUCAGCAAGGGUUUACAAACUUUUUUUAGAACCCCCUGCACCGAGGAACCCAGGAUCCCUCUCUGCAAGGGGGAUACCAUUCUGGCUACUCGUGGUACCAAAUGGUGGAUGUAUGGAGAUAAAGUUUUAAGUGAGGAGCAACUGAGAGCUGGAGACCGUGUAAGAGGAUGGUUUCCAAGACGAUGUGUGGAGAAGUGCCAUUAUGACACAGCAGCAAGUGAUACCACCAGUGAUAAAAAAGUCAAUUAAUACAUGUCAACGGGCUUGGUGUGUUAAACUCUCAAUGUUUAUAAGGAUCCACUGAAGAUGUCAUGCCCGAUCCUGCAGGUUUACCAUCAAGAAUUUCAAAUUUUCCAUUUCUUGCACAUUUCAGUGCCAACUUAUAUUUCUAAGUAGUUUUUUGAGUCUUACUGAGCACUUUUUAUUUGUGGAGAAGUCAUUAGAGGAACUGGUCCCAUAGGCUCAGUUUGAUUCCUCUGACCAAAAAUUAAACUCAACAACCGUCUUAAUGUCCAAGAGUACACCAGACUAUGGUGUAACUUUGUUAUGACUAAACUUUUUACUUGAACCUGUUAUUUUUCAUUUGUGUUGGUAUUUCUUUUUUGCUACUUAUGCAAAGCCUCUGCCCACCAAACUUGAGGGCAUGGAACUCUUUCUACCUUAUAGAGACAUUUCAUUUUCUUUUUUUCUUUUUAUUAAUUAUUUUUGUGAAAGUAAAUUGUUGGCCUCAAAAUAUAAUUUGAAAAAUGAAGAAAGAUCUCCCCCAAGAGUGUUUUGUCUCAUUCUUUGUAAUAGAUUCUCUUGUUUGUUAAUUUUUUUUAAGACAUCUUGAGCUUGUAAAAAGUGCUUCGUUUACAUUUGAUAAAUUGUAGAUAAUUAAACCCGCCACUUCAGUCAAA